UGGCUAUUCUUAGGGGGCGGAAUCAGCCCGUGGGUUGACGUUGUUGUUGUAAGUGGUGGAGAAUUUACUUUGUCGGUGGUGGUCCGGUUUGGGAUUUUACGCUUAAGUUCCACCUAUGAAGAUGCUAAAAAGUUAGGAAUUGUUAGUCUUGGAAACGCAUAUGUUAUUUACAAGUUGAGUCUUGCUGGAAAAGUUAAUGGGACGAUGAAAACAACAUCUGCGAGGCCGUUCAAGGUGUGGCUGGUAGAGUAGCUGAAGGUUGAGGAUUGCUUCCCCUCACCCCUUCCCUUGCUGUCCUGUUGGGGAGAGCAGAUUCCUUGUUUGUUUUUCCUUUUUUUUUUUUGUUUUAUUUGUAUUUUUUUCUGCCCGGAAGCAACCCGCCAACUUGUGAAUUCAUGAUCACAUGACCGUGGAUAUGGACUCAGUCCUGUCCGACUUUGUCCGUUCCACUGGAGCUGAACCAGGAUUGGCCAGAGAUCUGCUAGAGGGCAAGAACUGGGAUUUCACUGCUGCACUCAGUGACUUUGAGCAGCUUCGACAGGUGCAUGCUGGGAACCUGACAUAUUCAUUUGCAGAGGAGAGGACGUAUCUGCCUCCCGAAAAGGAGAUGGCCCGAGUAGGACGGCCCAUACUCCACCGACAAGAUGAGGUGGUGCAAGCCACAGAGAAGCGCCUGUCCAGGGGUAUUUCCCAUGCCAGUUCAACCAUUGUGUCCUUGGCCCGCUCUCACGUCUCAAGCACUGGUGGUAGCAGCAACGAGCCGCUUCUGGACACCCCCCUGUGCACUUUCCAACUGCCAGACCUCACUGUGUACCAGGAUGACUUCCGUGGCUUCAUUGAGAGGGAUCUUAUUGAGCAGUCGAUGAUGGUGGCCUUGGAGCAUGCUGGACGACUGAAUUGGUGGACAAAAGUAGUUCCAAACUGUCAGAGUCUGCUGCCUCUGGCAACGAGCGGAGAUGGAAAUUGCCUGUUACACGCUGCCUCGCUCGGUAUGUGGGGCUUUCAUGACCGCGACUUGAUGCUGCGGAAGUCCCUGUACGCGCUGAUGGAUCAUGGGUUGGAGAGAGAGGCACUGAAGCGCAGGUGGAGGUGGCAGCAGACCCAGCAGAACAAAGAGUCUGGUCUGGUUUACACGGAGGAGGAGUGGCAGAAAGAGUGGAAUGAACUGUUGAAGCUAGCCUCCAGUGAGCCGAGAAUACACUACAGCACCAACGGCACCAACGGGGCGGAGUCCUCUGAUGAACCAGUUUAUGAGAGUUUAGAGGAGUUUCAUGUCUUUGUCCUGGCUCACGUCCUCAGAAGGCCCAUAGUGGUGGUGGCUGACACCAUGCUGAGGGACUCUGGAGGAGAGGCCUUUGCUCCCAUCCCAUUCGGAGGCAUAUACCUACCGCUGGAAGUGCCAGCUGCCAAGUGCCAUCGCUCCCCCCUGGUCCUGGCAUAUGACCAGGCGCACUUCUCUGCCCUGGUCUCUAUGGAGCAGAGGGACAGCUCCAAAGAGCAAGCAGUUGUGAUCCCUCUCACUGAUUCGGAGCACAAGAUGCUGCCUCUGCACUUUGCUGUGGAUCCUGGGAAAGACUGGGAGUGGGGCAAGGAUGACACAGAUAAUGUGAUGCUGGCAAGUGUUGCUCUGUCUUUGGAGGCCAAGCUCCAGAUGUUACACACCUACAUGACGGUCACCUGGCUGCCGCUGCCCUGUGAGCAAGCCCCUCUUGCUCAGCCUGAGUCUCCCACAGCAUCAGCAGGAGAGGAUACCCGAACGCCUCCUGACUCAGGAGAGUCAGACAAGGAGUCAGUAAGCAGCAGCUCCAAUGGCAACGGCGACGCAACCACAGGAUCAACGGUCAAUGGAGGCGGGUCCUUGGCCAAGAACAGUUCCUCUUCCUCAUCUAGUUCCUCUAGUAGUGGUUCGGCAGGGGCAGGCACAGGAACAACAGGGAAAGACAAAACCAAGAAGGAAAAGGACAAGGAUAAAGAUAAGAAGAGGGCAGACUCUGUGGCCAAUAAGCUCGGCAGUUUUGGCAAGAGUCUGGGCAGCAAGCUGAAGAAAAACGUGGGCGGACUGAUGACAGGAAAGAACGCUGGAGCUGGAGGUGCCAAGCAGGAAGGUGGGGAGAAGAAAAAGGGCUCAUUUAGGGCGAGGAAGGGCAGCAAGGAUAGCUCGCCUUCAGCCCACGCCUCAGAGGAUUCAGGGAAAGGCUCCCCCUCCUCAGGCAGCGAGCGUCUCAAUGGAACAGGAAGCAGUAUGAGCAGCAGCGGUGGGAGCAGCACUGACAGUGAGACCUACAAGUACAGUGCAGACGUCAAGGUUAGCCUGGGCAUCCUGCGAGCCGCCAUGCAAGGUGAGAGGAAAUUCAUCUUUGCCAGCCUUCUCACCACCAGCAACCGGCAGCCUUUCCAGGAGGAGAUGAUCCAGCGCUACUUGGCUGAUGCAGAGGAGCGCUUUCGGGCUGAGCAAGAACAACAGCGUCGUGAUGCAGAGAGGAAGGGGGUCACUAAUGGCAUCCAGCCACCUAAGAAGGAGGUGGUUGGUGGUACGGAGCUAAGUUACAGGCCUUAUGAGGCCAAGGAGGAGCUAUCAGAGAACUCGUCACCUUCCUUCAACCAACUCAAGCCCUCUCCUUUGAGCCCCUCUUUGUACUCUGGGGUAGUACCCAUCCCCCGGCCCUCCUUCAUAGAUCAGCCACCUGCUGCAGCACCGCUCACCCAGCACCUUCAUAUGCACGGCUACCUGGAUAACAGGCGCCAGCUUGCUGGUGGCUCCCCCAUAACCUCCUACCCUGGCCUCCCCUCAUACGCCACUCUUCCCCGACACUGCCCCACAACGCAGGGCCCCUCCCACCCCCAGUACAAUAACACACAAGGCCCCUCAUCCCUGAGUCCCUCUCGCCUCGCGCCUUCAUAUCCUCCAGAGUUCGACCCACCAGACUAUCCCGGGGCUGAAUCCGUUGGUGGGAGCUACACCAACGGCUUCCGGGACAUGCGCUCCAACCUAGACUCUCGGAGUGGGCAACCACCAGUCAGACACUACUCGCUGGGCAGUGCCGGUGGUCUGGCCAGCCUGCAGUCCAGCCGCUGUCGGACACCCAGCUGCACCUACUACGGACACCCAGAGACGGGCAACUACUGCUCCUACUGCUACCGGGACGAGCUGAAGAAGAGGGAGACAGAACCAGCCAUCCACAGGUUCUGAGUGGACCUUGCUAUGGCUUGAAUUUGAAGAGUGGCCUUUUCAGUUGAAAUAAAUAAUGGCUGGGGCAGAUCAGCCUCUGAAGGGACUAGAGAAAGGCAACCAGCUCCCUCCCUUCCUUAGCUGUGUUACUUCCUGUUUAACCAGUGACGGAGAGUCAACACGACUACAGAAUAAACAGGGUGGUUUCUGACUGCUGGGGUCACGUGUUAGACCAUAAGAUAAACUAACUGCACUUCUGUUACAUUUUGCUGUGGCUCAUGCAGGCGUUGUGUAUGAGUGUGUGUGUUUGUGUGUGUGAGUUGCAGGCUCUCCUCCUUUAUUAGAGUUUAACGCCUUGCUGUUGUCUCCUCCUAGUGGAGAGAAUGUAUAUGGCAGGCGCCAUACAUAACACUCAUCAACACACAUACAGUACAUGCACAUAUAAACACUAAGUCAGACUCUUACAUACACAGCGAUGCAAGCACAAACAGAAAAGGCACGAGUGUCUCCUCUCCAUUUGUGGUCUGUGAUAAUGUUUGGAUUGGUUAAUUAAGGGAUGUUUGAGCAUUUUGAAGUCACAUCCUAUUUGGGUGAUUUCAGUGUUAUACAGAUUUUACUACUGUUACUAGAUGCUUGCGUCAUAUGUACCUCGGGAAACAGCAGAUUUAAUCCUUGUCGAAUGGCUUUUUCGUCGGUCACCAUUUGCAUAAUGCAAAUUGCAACUACCGUGCAAUGCUAAUGAUUAAGCGUUCUGUGGGCUGCUGUGGUGCUAAUGUUCCAGAAUGCAAACACAUAAAUGUCCAUGCAUUUAACACAACUGCUCUGCACUGUUAGUAGUAUCUCUCUGGCAAAACAAAUUCUACAUUUUUGUCCAGUUCAUGUAUUUAUAAAUUGGAUUUAGAAGAUGUCAUCACUUUGAAGAUUCAAGAGCAAUUGGUCACAUUAUCGACCAAGCAUUGUAGAACAAAGAUGACGUAACAACAUAGGACUGUGGUAAGAUACUGUUCCCAGAGCCUGAUCCAGAGUGUUUCAUAUCUUUGUUGGAAUGUUCCUCUUUCUCAGUUGGGUCUUCCUCUCUCUGUAACAGUGGAUGGUGUUGAGGCAUUUGAUUAUCAUGGCCAACCUAGGCAUGCAAUACUACACACUGCAAAGUCAAAAUGUCACAUCCAGCAUUAGACUUUGGAGACACCUGUUACACGUGUAGCUUACAGUUUAACACUAAAUACACCUUUGAAGAGACAGGUAAAAAGUUAGCUGUUCUGUAGAGCAAAUCAAUAGAUUUGUUUUUUAAAAAGUGAUGAAAAGUUGCUCUAAAGCAGUGAGGAUGUCUGGCCUUGUCACAGUUGUCUCCAAUUUCUGUUUGCAUGAUGCAAAGUGACGCAUCCACUUUUGUUGGAUGUCGACACUCUUAACAUUCACAUUGCACUGACAAAUUCAUGGUUGUGUAAGUCACUGUUUUGAAAUGACAAACCCUCAGUGCUCUGAUGGUUUAGAAAUGUGAAACAUGUUUCAUAUUAUCUCAUGAGCACACAGAAAAUUAACUAUAUCAUGCAUCCAUGGUGUCUUAACUGAUAGGACAUCCCAAUGCUUAUUGGUUCGGUCAUCCACUGCAAAUUUUAAAGCUCUACUGAAGGCGGUUUCUUGAUUUCUGGCAUUCGUCCCGCCAAAAUGCGAUCUCUUUUUGCACAAAUUAAAGCACUUUCCUGAUGUCCGUAGAUACAAAAUGUUUUGCUGUUUUUUGAAGUGGCCUGACUGUUGUCCUUUGUUCAUCUCUCCAGACACUGCCACCUCUGUUCAUGGGAAAUCAGGGGCACAGGCCUGAAGGUUUUCUCUAAAGGAUUCAGUUACUGUAGAGCUACAGCAUUUUGGUGCCAGCGUCACCAUCUAACUCAGUUUCCUAGUUGCCUUUUUCAGCAUUUGUCCUCAUGGCAUCACAGUCCUGUGUGUGUCUCGCAGGAGAUGAACAUAAAGUAUCCUCUGCUUGCUUCAUUGCUUGCAGUUUUUACUACUACUGCCCCCAGAUUUAACAUAUUAAUAUUAUUAUUUUAAUUUGUGUUGACGCUAUUGAAAUAAUGCCAUUAUUCUUUUCAGUGAGGCAUACAGUAUCAAUUAGUUGAUACCGGCUGAUGUUCUGUCUGAGUUUUUCGUGUUAUAAUUUCACAUUUUAAGGCUGUACACAUGUCAAAAUGACUACUUAAAUACUUUGCUAUUAUUUCCCUUUAUAAUAAGCCAUUGUGAAGAAUUCCUUUUGAGCUAGUGUGACACUAGUUACUCUACUCUAUUGUAAGUCUUUAAGAAAAGCACAAUUUAGUAUGCAAUUCACUGCCUUGCCCAGUUGAGGGCACCCUUGAUUUGUUUUUCUUAUAGCUAAGUAUUAAGAGUUUGCCCUCGUGCCCUAAACCCAAACUACACACUACAGACAAAAAUAACCAAAAAUGUGGGGGAAAUAAUUUUCCGUAGUGCUAAUUUAACACUAUGUAACACUGCAUUACAGUAUUUAUCAACCAUUGCUGAUGCUAUUAGAGGAAGGAGGGAGGCUUUUUGCUGUGCAUUUGAAGCGACACUAAAGUUUUACUGACAAUAAAACACUUAUAUCACACUAUUUCCCAAGAAAACAUUUGCUGUGUUUAUGUGUGUUGACAUGUGUUCAUUACACUAGCAUUUUAAUUCAGAAGAGACCUAUCAAAUGUUCCCUUAGUGUGGGAAGGUGAUGCCUGUUUUUAAAAAUUGUGUAUGUGUGCAUAUCCUCUUUUCCCUCCCUCCAAAGUAAUAAUUAGCUUACAGAACCAUUUCUUAUUUUAUUUUAUUUUUGUUUAAUUUUUUUGCAAUGAAAUGGAUGCCUCAGAAACAUGUAACCAUCAGACUUUACAGGCUACAAACACUUUUUUGUAUUUAAGAUAAAAAACAAUGAGAGGUUGUAUAAAUAUGUUCCAUGUUAUUUUUGUAAGCCCAAAGUUUUACAGUGUUUUUAAAAGGGUAAGAAUGUAUAUUGUUGGUUACUGAAACAGGUGUGGAUGAUGAAGCUUGUAAGAGCCUGGGUUUGGGGUAGAACUGUUGUUGUUGUUGUUGACAUUUUGGCUGUUGAAGGCACUUCCCCGACGGGCCUCUUGACACUCAAGGCUCCCUCAUUACAAACUAAUUUCCUCAACGCUGACCUAACAAGAUACCAUUUGAGAAUAUAUAUUUAUAGUGAGAUUUUUUUAAUAGGUUUUCCUUGUGGAAUGUUUAGUUGAGACGAUUUAGGAUGUUCUUUCUCACAUGGCUAAUUGUCCAGCAGUCUGGCUUUUAUUUGUUGAUUGCUUUUUUUUUGUUUGUUUGUUUGUUUGUUUGAUUUGUACAUUUUGUUUACUUCAUUUUAUUUUUCUACAGCCAUCGAAUCAUGCUAUGCUAAAACAUGACAGUGACGUUCUCGUUGACCCAGCUCGUUUCCUCCAAACCAGAAGAGAAAUGGCUCAGAAUUAGUUUUGCGACACAACUGACCCGAUAUAUUUUUAUAUAUUGUACAACACUGUCAUUUCUGUGGGGGACAGAAUAUUCAUCAUCAGUGACAUUAACAUGGAAUACUUUGAGUUGCAUGGGACUGGAACUGUUGCAUGUAAAUGGCAAUCCAUUUUACCAAAUUUGUGCAUUAUUUUAACUUGAUUUCAGUUGUCCUGGUAUUUUGAUCUGUUUUUAUUUUUAUCAUUUUAAUGUUUUGGUUUAAGAAAGGAGAGUCUCAUAAGGCUGUGUGACAGUGCAAUCUGGAUAGAAAGAACAUCAGAUUUUAUGUUAGGUUAUUAUUAUUAUUAUAAUUAUUAAUUUUUUUGCACCGUUUGAAUAAAUUCUCAUUGUAUUUCAAGAA